UAAUAGACAUAUUAAGUUAUAAAUGCAUGAUAAAGCCAGGUGACCCAGUGUGUAGUACUGAAUGAAUAAUAUUUUGGUGUAUAACCACCAACCCCUAUAACCACUAACCCCCUAACCAUCAACACCUAACCAUCAACCACUAGAUUCCUCACUAGUGCCAAUAUUUUAUAAAGUAACUUAAUAUUCUGUUAUGUAACAAAUAUAAUAUUACAGAUGUCUAAUAAACAUAGUAAGUUUAUAAAUGCAUUAUAAAGUUAGGUAACAAUCAUCACUGUGACAUCAUGAAUGGCUCAUGGAUUGAACCUCAAGUUAGUUGUGAAUUAGAAAGUUUGAACAACGCAAGCGAAGUAAUCAACCAACUAGAGAAUGAAAUAAGCGAAAAGCGAAAUAACUAUCGCACAGCACUGUCAGAAUCCACUCGUAAAUUGAAUCGAUUGUCGUCAAAACUGGGUGAUAGUGUGGCUAAAGCAAGACCUUAUUAUGAGAAGAAGAGGCUAGCUAAAGAGGCCCAAGCAGAAUGUCAGUUAGCCGCUGUACGAUACGAGCGUGCAGUUAGCAUGCACACAGCAGCCAGGGAAAUGGUAGCGGUAGCUGAGCAAGGAAUGAUCAAAGAUUCAAACCAACUGGAUACUGCAUGGCCGGAGAUGUUGAACCAUGCAACAUUAAAGGUGAAUGACUCAGAGGUUGAACGAAUAAGUAGUGAGCAUGAACACCAGGAGAAAGCUGAAUCUUUCAAAGUAGCAACCAUGGGUGUCAGGAAGUUAGAAAAGAAAUUAAAGUCAAGUAUUGCAAAGUCACGGCCCUACUUUGAACUGAAGCAAGAUACACAGAAGCAAUUAGAGUUCAGAAUCGAACAACAACAAUCGUAAGUUGGACCCGCCCCGAGUAUUACUAGUGGGUGAUACCCAGAAGGUUAAUUCUCCCCUCAAAGGUAAUUCCCCGUCCCCGAAACAAUAUAAUGGCGAACUUGUGAUUUCCGUGGCUGGUUUAGCUGAAGUCACAACUUCUUGAUGAUGUGGCAACAUAGGCGCCAAACCUGGGGUGGCAGGGUGGCAUGCGCUCCCCACAUAUAUUUUAUACCAAAUUAAUCUGUAAAAAUUAGAACUAAAAUUGUUUAAUAGGAAAGGUUGCCUAACUAUCCCUGCCUCCCAUGCAAGUUUGCUGCCUACUUCAAUUCUAAGCAUGUGUUGUUGUAUGCAUAGGCACCAAACCUGGGGUUGCAGGGUGGGCAGGCACACCCCUAGAAAGUUUAAACAUUGGAAAUAUGCUUAACCAUUCCUGCCUCCCCUGUUUUUUGCAAAGGUUGGCGCCUAUUGUAAUAGUUUUUACGUUACACAAACACAUGUCGUUACAUCAUAUAGUUAUUUCAUGUCAUAGCGUUUGUUGAUUUUCAUAUUAUCACCAAGUUUUAAAUAAUUAAUUGACUUGUUAGUUAAUUAAAGUUUUUAUUACUUGUGUAUCUCUCUGUCUAUAUUAUGACCUCACAAAGGUUAUUAUGUCGUCAUAAUACGAUUAUUUUCCGCCGAUUCGUAUGACAUCAUCGGGCAUGACGCGGUUAUAUUUCUAGUUAUGAUGUCAUAUUCGUUUAUUCAUUUUCGAAUAAUUAGCAUUGUCAUAGGCGGAACGUUUUUAAGAUUUGCAAAAAACCUGGGGUGACAUUGUUAAAAUACAGUUACACUCAUAGUUGUCAAACAUAGGGAACCUCAUUGAUUAAUGUGGUGAAUGCAAAUUACUUUAGCUCUGCUUGUUUGUAUAGACACCUAGCAGUAGGGUAAAAUCUGUUGGGCUUAAAAACCAGGGGUCUCAAAUAUAUAUUAGUACCUAUGUUUCAAAUAUUGGGGUAACAUUGCACCCCAGACACCCCCAACGUUCCGCCUAUGAACAGUGUCGUUUUGAACUCGUGUUACUGUGUUACUUGCGAUGAGAUUUAUACAAAGAUAUCAGAUAUGAUGUCAUAAAAGAUGAUGUCAUAAAUGAUGAUGUCAUAAGUGAUGAUGUCAUAAGUGAUGAUGUCAUGAUGAUGUCAUCAAGCAUCUUGUGUAGAGUUUUAUGCGAAAUGCUUUGAUUAAUUUACCUCCAGAAUUAGGAACGAAAUUUAUUUCUGUGGUUUGAAAAUAUGCGAUUUAGUAAAGUGCUUCUCAACCCCUGGGUCACCAUUUGAUUUGGUUGGGUCGCCUUCUACAGUGGUUCACAAAACCUUUGACUGCUAUUGUAAAAGUUAAAAUCAUUUUAUCAUAUGCUCACAAAAGUUGAAAUGCAUUUUCGAAAAUUGGGUCGCCAAAUUUUGCUAUUAAUUUACGAAUAAUGUUUGGAUCACUGAUAAAAGUUUUCUAUAUAGGUUGAAUAGCCAGGGUUUAUCCUUACGUUGGCCAUUACCCCUGGUUGAGAAGCACUGGUUUAAUUGACGCCGUUAGUUUGUUGUUUGUUUUACUUUUGCGAAGAUAAAGUACGUAUUGUUACGGUUCACGACCUUUACUGCCAAAUAUGGUCACGAUGUUUUUGUUUGAAUAAAUUAAGUUACUUUUUA